AUCGGCAGCAACAUUAGCGGCAGUCCAGAAAUACCAAGGCACGACGACAGUCCAAAGGCUAAUUAAGGAAGGCUGCGACGACCACAGAGCCAGAAACCAUUUCGAUUUCGACUCCGACUCCGUUGUUGAUGAUGAUUAUGAUGAUGAUGAACAAGACGAUGAUGUUGUUGGCACGUAGACAUUUAAUUGCGCUCGUUGUGGUGACAACAUUAGUCUGCCAGCAGUGCGUGGCGCAGAACUCGACAUUUAUUGCCACAAUUGUCAGCUCCAAUAACACCGUGGAGUCCGCAAAUGGGACGCGUGUGAAUGAGACAAUAUCGAUAAAUGUUAGUGAGAUAAUAGCUGCGGUCGAGGCGGGGAUUGCGAGCAAUGAAACAACAACAACAGCACCAACAACAACCAGCACCACCACCACAACGACGACAGCAGCAACAACAACAGUUGCUGUCGACACAACAACGGCACCAGCAAUAACGACGACAACAACAGUGGCUCCUGCAACAACCGAAGCUCCCCCAACAACAACGACAAUAGCAGCGCCAACUACUACAACAACAACAACUACAGCAGUGCCAAUAACAACAACCACUCCGGCUUCAACAACAACCACAGAAGCAGCAACGAUACCAACAACUAGCGCUUUACCAACCACAACAACAAGUACAACAGCAGCACCAACAACAACAACAACCACAACUACUCUAGCACCCGAAACAACAACAGAGACAACAACUGUACCAACUACAACAACCAGCACGACAACAUCUACAAUAGCGCCAACAACAGGACCAACAACAACGUCAACCACAGCACUGCCAGCGACACCGGAAACAACCACAACACCUGCUCCAACAACCACAACAACUAUAGCUGCCACAUCGACGACAGCAGCACCACCACCACCAACAACAACGACAGUCGGCACUGCGCCACUCAAUGUUACAGUUACGGAAGUCUUGAAUACAACAACAGCAAUACCAGUUAUCUCAACCACACUAGGAGCCUUCCCGAGAGCACCUCUGCCACUGCACAAGCGCAAGCACAAGAGGGGUCGCAAGGGUCGCAAAGGUAGAAAGAAUCGUCGUCGCUCAUCCACCACAACGACAACGACAUCAACAACGACGACUACAACGACAACACCAGCCCCCUUCACUCCACCCAUAGACCUCAGUGUUGGCGACGAUGCCAGCAUAUUCGAUGAGAUCGUGGCAUUGAGUGCCAAUGGAUUGCUCGAACCAUUGCCAGGACUGCCCCUCCGUUUGGGCAACAUCGACAAUAAACGCAUCCGACAGUAAUCGGGAGACUGAGAGUACUAUGCCAUAUACGAUAUACCCGCACAGGGCCUACGAUAAAUUUAAGCUUUUUUUUUUUAAUUAAUACUAACUACAAUAUGUUUACUUAUUU